ACCGACAAUUGCCAAAGUUUCACGCGCCUUGAGUAAUAAUUUCCAUUUUUCAAAUCCGUUGUGUGGAUCGAAUGGGUCACUGAUUGGCUAAAGAAUAAAUGCUCCUUUAUUGCCCACUGAUGCCAGAUUAAGAUGCAUUGUCUUACCACUCGCAAACGGCUUCUUUCUACUCUUACUCAACAAGGCAGAUUUCAUGAUAUUUUCUUUAAAGAAAGUGACAUGGGAAUUGCAUUUUCUGGGAGGUUGAGUUAGUUUCUUUCUGGGUUUUAGGUUGAAGGGACGAAGAAGGAAGGGGGUUUUUGGGAUUAGUUGGGACUGGGGAGAGAGUGGAUUGGUGGUUUUUGGUGAAGUGAGAGAGGAUUGAAGAUGGGUAUUGUGAGUACAAUACUGGGUUUUUGUGGAUUUGGUGUGGGGAUCUCAAUUGGGCUUUUGAUUGGGUAUUACCUCUUCAUCUACUUCCAACCCACUGAUGUGAAGGAUCCUAUAGUUCGUCCUCUAGUUGAACAAGAUUCAAAAACUCUGCAACGUAUGCUUCCAGAGAUACCCCAAUGGGUCAAAAAUCCAGACUAUGAUCGAGUUGACUGGCUUAACAAAUUCAUAGAAAAUAUGUGGCCUUACCUGGACAAGGCAAUUUGCAAGACUGCGAAGAACAUAGCAAAACCUAUCAUUGCUGAGCAAAUUCCAAAAUACAAAAUUGAUUCAGUUGAAUUUGAAGCACUCACCUUGGGCUCCCUACCACCUACAUUUCAAGGAAUGAAAGUCUAUGCUACUGAUGAAAAGGAGUUGAUCAUGGAACUAUCCAUGAAGUGGGCAGGGAAUCCUAACAUCACUGUUGCAGUAAAAGCAUUUGGGUUGAGAGCCACUGUGCAGGUGGUUGAUUUGCAAGUAUUUGCUGCUCCUCGCAUCACCCUGAAGCCUUUGGUUCCAUCAUUUCCUUGUUUCGCCAAUAUAUUUGUGUCUCUCAUGGAGAAGCCACAUGUUGACUUUGGACUAAAGCUGCUAGGAGCAGACGUAAUGGCCAUUCCUGGCCUGUAUCGGUUGGUGCAGGAGCUUAUCAAAGAUCAGGUUGCAAAUAUGUACCUAUGGCCCAAAACCCUUGAAGUUCCAAUAAUGGAUCCUGCAAAAGCCAUGAAAAAGCCUGUUGGCAUUCUCAGUGUGAAGGUUGUUAGGGCAAUGAAGCUAAAAAAGAAGGAUCUUAUGGGGGCAUCAGAUCCUUAUGUUAAAAUGAAGUUGACUGAGGACAAACUUCCUUCAAAGAAAACUACUGUGAAACUUAAAAACUUGAAUCCUGAAUGGAAUGAGGAGUUUAAUAUGGUUGUUAAAGAUCCAGAAUCUCAAGCAUUAGAGGUCAACGUCUAUGAUUGGGAACAGGUUGGUAAACAUGAUAAGAUGGGCAUGAAUGUCAUUCCCCUGAAAGAGCUUACACCUGAUGAGCCAAAAGUUUUGACACUUGAUCUACUAAAAAACUUGGACCCGAAUGAUGUUCAAAAUGAGAAGUCACGGGGACAGAUUGUUUUAGAAGCUCUGUACAAACCUUUUAAGGACACUGAAAUACCAAAGGAUCUUGAAGAUCCCAAUGCGAUAGAAAAGGCCCCUGACGGAACACCUGCUGGUGGUGGUUUGCUUGUAAUCAUUGUCCAUGAAGCUCAGGAGGUUGAGGGAAAGCAUCACACAAAUCCAUAUGUUCGAUUACUUUUCAGGGGAGAGGAGAGAAAAACCAAGUAUAUAAAGAAAAACAGAGACCCCAGAUGGGAAGAGGAGUUUACAUUUAUGCUGGAGGAACCACCUACCAACGAUAGAAUACAUGUAGAAGUUGUUAGCACCUCAUCAAGGAUGGGCUUACUACAUCCUAAGGAAACUCUGGGUUAUGUGGAUAUAAACCUCUCAGACGUUGUUAGCAACAAACGGAUCAACGAGAAAUACCAUCUAAUUGACUCAAAGAACGGAAAGAUUCAAAUCGAGUUGCAAUGGCGAACUUCAACAUAAGAGGGAAAUGCUUUUCUCCCAUUUCUUUAAACUUGGUGUUUGAUGAGGGAAACCGAAUGAAAUCGUUUGUUUCUGUGUCGAUGUUAUGUUAGGCAUUUUUAAUAAUUGGCUCUGUAAAUUACCCCAAAAAGGAAUCUUUAAGUUUCUGUGAAUCUUUGGCUUGCGGGUUUGUUUUUCCUUUAUUCCAAAUUUCAAUUUGUCCUCU